CUCUCUCUCUCUCUCUCUCUCUCUCAUUGAAGCUUCUUUCAUGGUGAUGAUCAUGGAAGACACAAAUUUCCUUCUGCCUCCGGGAUUUAGAUUCCACCCGACAGACGAGGAGAUCAUCACGCACUAUCUAACUCCUAAGAUUCUCAACCAUGGCUUUGUGACUCGAGCUAUGGGUGUUGUCGACUUGAACAAGUGCGAGCCUUGGGAUCUUCCAAGCAAAGCGAAGAUGGGGGAGAAGGAAUGGUACUUCUAUUGUCAGAGAGAUAGAAAAUAUCCGACGGGGACGAGAACAAAUAGAGCGACGGAGUCUGGGUAUUGGAAGGCGACGGGGAAGGAUAAGGAGAUCUACAGAGGGAGAUCAGAAGUUUUGAUUGGGAUGAAGAAGACGCUUGUCUUCUAUACAGGGAGGGCUCCUAAAGGAGAGAAGACCAAUUGGGUUAUUCAUGAGUAUAGGCUCCAAGGCAAUUGCACCUCUCUUUCCAAUCUCUACAAGCCAUCCAAGGAUGAAUGGGUUGUUUGUAGAGUUUUCCACAAGAACAAUAAUGGAGCAAAGAGUAGCUCGAUUCCAAUUGAUGCUAGUUUGCAUAGAAUCAAAGGAUUCAAAGAGGAGCUAUUGAAUUCUUCAAAUACCCUUCCACUACUUAUGGAUCCUCCCUAUUUCAAUGCGAGCAUCGGUGGUGGUGGGGUUCAUGAAUUCAAAGCAAUUGAGCCGCCGAUGCCUUCCUACUUCUCCUUUUUAAAUGAAGACGAUGAUGAUAUGAUGAUGAAUAAUCCUCCACCUCGAACACAGAGUUCAUAUUGGUCGAUGCCUGGUGAUCAGAUAAGAGAUUAUUUCGACGGCCAAGAACAACAAGUUAUAACGAUGCAAUCAACGCAAUUGCUACCAAUCAGGAGACAUUGUAAAGCUGAGCAAUUUUCAAACCAAUCAAUGCUGAGCCAGGAUACUGGUAUCAGCACCGACCGUUCCACUGAUGUAUCCUCAGUCAUCGCCAAACAUGAUAUUAGUAUUGAAGACUUUGAUGUGCCAUCAAUAGCUACUGGUGGUGUGCUUGACUUCUGCAGCAUGUGGAAGUGCUAAAGAUUAGAAAUAAAUCAUAUAUAUAAAGAGAGAUCAUUAGUGUUUAUAAGUCUACUAUUGAUAGGCUUAUGUUCACAAGUAUGAUGAUCUCAACAGAAAAUGAAUAUUGAACAUUGGUUUGUGCU